AUGCCUCCACGACGGUCGCACCAAAAAUCACGGCGCGGCUGUCUAGCGUGCAAAGUCGCCCAUGUGAAAUGCAACGAGGCGGGACCCCCUUGCGGCCGCUGUGAGCUCAGAGCAACGACAUGCGAGUACACAAGCCCAGGCCCAGGUCUACAGCAACCCCAGGAUCUGUCAUCAGGCCAUGGCCCCCCAAUACAACCAGCUGGGCCCAGUCCCGAGCUGCAGCCGCUGGAGGAGCCUCUGUUCCCAAACGAGGUUCGCGUGCUGGAGCUUCAACUCAUGCAUCGGUGGUCGACAGUGACCUACAAGAGCUUGUACAGCAAGGUGGCCGGAGAUGACUACAUCUGGCAGACGGCGGUGCCGCGCUGGUCGCUGCAACACGAUUUCCUGUGCGCGGGUCUCUUCGCCCUCUCCGCCUUCGAGGCUGCCAGCUGCUGCUCUUCCUCCUCUGGAACCGGCCGUGCGAAAUACCUCAGGGCGGCCGUCGAAUAUCAGACCGUUGCAUUGAACAACUUCCGUCGUCACCUUCAGCACCAAGAGACGAACCCAGAAAGCUAUGAGAUUGUCCUUUGCUUUUCACUAAUGCUAAUGGUUCUCGCACUGGCCUCGUCCCAGUUCAUGUCAGAGCUGGCGGGUGACGCAUCUCAAGGCGAUGGCGACAGUAUGGUGCUCAACACACUGACUCACUUCGAAUUGCUCCGCGGAUGCGGCACUGUUCUAGGCGCCAACGCGGAGCAAUACUUGGCCCAGAAUUCCUACGUCCAGAAACUUACACUGUUCGAAAACUUGCCCCGGUUGCCGUUCGACUCUGAAACAGCUGCGGCCAUGUCGAAACUAAAUACAGCCAACGAGCGAAGAAUCAUCUCGACUGUCGGUGAGUCCUACGAGCAUCGGGUCCAGCAGGUCGCACACUUCGAAGCGUGCAAGAAGGCGAUAAGUCUGCUUGAAGAAUGCUUUGCCAAAUGCGUCGGCGUCGGCCAGGAUGACGACGAUUAUCAGGGUUACAUCCUGGGAUGGCUGAAUAUGGCCGGCGAGGAGUACGUCAAUGCCAUCAAGGGUAAUGAUCAUGUUGCACUGCUGGUGUUGAUGUGCUGGGGCGCGUUGGUUGAGAAACUCGGGCGUCGCGUCUGGUGGGCCAAGGACUUUGGGAGACUUCUGGUCGAGGAGAUAUCGGAGAUGACCCUCAAUCAAACGGCCGAUGGAUUGACGACGGAUCUCAUCUCUUCGGCACGAAGGUUGAUGGAUCAACGCUAG